AUGGGAGGACCGACCUGGGAUAUAGUAGGAGGUCGAGUUGGGGCUUUGGCUAUGGAGAAACGGGAUAUCCUGAACGAGCAAACUGGUGAAAUUCUCAAAUACUUCUCCCUCGAAACUUGGAAAGCCAUCGAUCCAGACUUGAAUCCCUCAUCCCCUUUCACCGACUGGAGUUACGUAAGGACCAGCGAUAAAGGAGAAGUGCCUGCAGUCGGUGGGGAAAGAAAGAAGAGAAUCCUUGAACUCCUCCAAAGGAAAGGGGUACAGUGGAAAGACAAGGACAAGCCCCCUGUGCCCUUGGAUAUGGAGUAUGGUGUUGAAGGAUUCUUGCAGGGACUAUCUGUUAUCCUCACGGGAUCCCUUCUCCACCUCCCUCUCUUAAAGACUUGA